AUGCGAGCUUUGAAUGCCAAUAUUGCUAAUCGUAUGAAUUCAGGUUGGGAACAGAUCCAUCAACAGCUUGAUGCAAUUGAGGCUAGCCAGCCGACCCAAACCAGAACCGGAGCACAGAGAGAUCGUCCAAGGAGGAACAACCGAUCAGAUGAUGAUAUCCAAGGGGAGGACUUCCAAUUGGACGAUGAUCGGUCCAUCAACCGACCUAGGAGAGGUCACAGAAACCGAACUCAAGGUGAUAUCAAUCCUUUUGCUAGGGAAGAUAGGGCUGAUAACGGUUUACAAGGAUUGAAACUGAAAAUUCCACCUUUGGAGGGUAAAAAUGAUCCUGAUGCUUUUCUUGAAUGGGAAAGAAAAAUUGAACUUGUCUUUGAUUGUCAAAACUUCUCUGAACUUAAGAAAGUUAGAUUGGCUGCAACUGAAUUUUCUGGCUAUGCUAUUAAUUGGUAUGAUCAAGUUGUGACUAACAGGAGAAGGAAUGGUGGCCGACCAAUAGCCUCAUGGGACGAGCUCACUACUUUGAUGCGGAGACGGUUCGUUCCAGAACAUUACCAUCGUGACCUUCACCAAAGGCUGAGACGUUUGCUUCAGGGAACUAAGUCCGUGGAAGACUAUUUCCAAGAAAUGGAGACGUUGAUGAUCAAAGCCGAUGUGGACGAGACCUUAGAAGCAACCAUGGCCCGAUUCCUUGCUGGACUCAACCGAGACAUCCAAGACCGAAUGGAGCUUCAAGACUAUGAAAGCCUGAACCAGAUGCUCCACAAGGCAAUUCUGAUCGAACAGCAAACCAAGAGGAAGAGCUACUCCAAGCCGGGCUUUGCUCCCAAACCGGCCUUUGCUCCCAAACUAAGCUAUCAAGACAAGGGUAACUCUUCUUCCACAACAAAUAUUGCUUUUAAGACUGAUGUCCCUGCUCGUUUUGACAAAAGAAAAGCAGUUGAGACUCCUAGCCGCGCAAGAGACAUCAGGUGCUUCAAGUGUCAAGUUCUAGGACACUAUGCCAACAAAUGUCCUAACCAAAGGGUGAUGAUUCUCAUGGAGAAUGGUGAGGUCGAGUCCGAGGAUGAAAAGGAGGAUGAAGAGGAUUCUGGUCCAGUCUUUGAUGAUGAUGAGGUACCAUACGAUUACCCACAUCAUGGACCACUUCUCGUUGCCAGGAAGCCUUUGGAUGAUCCACUCGGUCCCAUCUUCGAUAAGGAGGACGACCACUCGGUCGAUGAAUCUGGUCUGAUCUUUGAUGCUGAUUCCGGUCCUAUCUUUGAUGAGGAGGACAUCUACGACUAUCCAGCUCACGGACCACUACUUGUCACUAGGAGAUCCUUGAGUGUUCAACCCAAAACCAAUGAAAAGGAACAACGGGAGAAUCUCUUUCAUUCUCGAUGUUUAGUUUUUGAAGAAGUAUGUUCUUUGAUCAUUGAUGGUGGGAGUUGUACUAAUGUUGCUAGUUAUAUUCUUGUCAGGAAACUAAGACUUGUUACCAGGCCACUCUCUCGUCCUUUCAGGUUGGAAUGGCUAAACGAGGCUGGUGAGCAGUUUGUGAAGGAACAGGUCACGAUCCCCUUUACCAUUGGGCGAUAUGAAGAUGAGGUUGUCUGUAAUGUUCUUCCCAUGGAUGCAUGCCACACUCUUUUGGGUCGUCCAUGGCAUUUUGAUAAAAAGGCCGUGCAUGAUGGCUUCACAAACCGACACUCCUUCGGCCAUAAUGGCAAGAAGAUCACAUUGGUCCCUUUGACACCUUUGGAAGUUCAUCAAGAUCAACUUCAGCUCAAAAGGAGCCGUGAAAAGGAGCCUAAACCUAAGGAGCCUGAGACAUCCAAAAGAAACUCCAACUUCUAUCUUAAAGAAAGUCAGGUUUGGAAAUCUGUUUGCUCUCAAAAGCCAUUUCUUUUACUUGUGUAUAAAGAAUCUCUUAUGGCUACUUCUUCUGACCUUGCACCGGAUAUUCCAAGUGAGUUGAAAGAUGUUUUGCAGGACUUUACUGAUGUCUUUCCAGAUGAUAAUCAACAGGGAUUGCCACCAAUACGAGGGAUUGAGCAUCAGAUAGACUUUGUUCCGGGCGCAUCUCUGCCAAACCGACCAGCUUAG